AUGUCUGACGAAAACCAGUCAACCACCAUGCCCGAGAAAACCGAUAAAGCCGCCAAGGCUUCCGAGGCACCACUCGUCUCGCACGGUCGAGGAGGUCAAGGAAACAUCGGCCACGAUGCCACCGAAUACGUCGAUGGCGAGAUCGUCCGUGAAGGCCCCUACGGCGACCAAGGUGAUGGCGCUUACUCUGCCGGCCGAGGCGGCGCAGGAAAUAUUGGUUCCCCAAUGGUCCGUCCUUCGUCCAGGGCCCCCCACGACGUCGAGAUGAUUCCCGAGCUUGCGGUCCGAGACUCUACAGAUGAGACAUACCACACCGGGCGUGGUGGACAGGGAAAUGUUCAUCUUGAUGAGGCUACGCUCAAGGAGAAGGAGAAGAAGAAGGUUGCGCAUGAGGGGUUGGCCGAUAAGUUGAAGUAUAAGUUGCUGGGGCGGAAGUAG